GCUUUAGAAUCAAGCUCGUUUCUCUGAUAGGCUUUGUAUCGGCGUCCAGAUUCUAUAGAACGUUUUAUUUCGAGUGAACAUCAAACAAACACAAACAUGAGUGGGCUUCCCCCAGGCGAUCCGGACUUCGAGUUCCUUGGAGUUGACCGAAAGGCCCUCCUAAAGAGUUUCACUGGCUCCUUCGACAGUAAGAAGAACUGCUGGGUGCCCAAUGCCAAAGAAGGCUUCGUCAAGGCCGAGGUGGAGAGCACCAAAGGCGAGGAAGUCACAGUCAGAACUGAGAAAAUGGAGACUCUCACUCUGAAGAAGGAUGACAUCCAACAGAUGAAUCCCCCAAAAUUCGAGAUGAUUGACGAUAUGGCCAACUUGACCUUCUUGAAUGAAGCUUCUGUCCUCCAUAACUUGAGAGCCAGAUACACUAAGGGUCUCAUCUAUACUUUCUCAGGCUUGUUUUGCAUUGCCAUCAACCCCUACAGACGACUACCCAUUUAUUCAAUGAGAGUUGUCACAAAAUGGAGAGGAAAGAAGAAGACAGAAGUUCCACCUCAUCUGUUUACUAUAACAGAGGUUGCAUUCCAACAGAUGAUCACAGAUCGUGAAAAUCAGUCCAUUUUGAUUACUGGAGAAUCUGGUGCCGGAAAGACAGAGAACACCAAGAAAGUAAUCCAGUACUUUGCCUAUGUGGCCGCUGCAACCAAGAAGGAUGACUCCAAGAAGGACGAUAAGGGAUCAAAGAAAGGAUCUCUUGAGGACCAGAUUGUGCAGGCUAACCCUGUACUUGAGGCUUACGGUAAUGCCAAGACCGUGCGUAACAACAACUCUUCCCGAUUCGGAAAGUUCAUCCGUAUUCACUUCGGACCAUCUGGCAAGAUUGCUGGUGCUGAUAUUGAAACAUACCUUCUGGAAAAGGCCCGAGUCACCAGCCAGGGUAAAAUUGAACGUAACUACCAUAUUUUCUACCAGUUGACUUCAAACGCAAUUGAGGGAAUGUGUGAGAAACUCCUGAUUGAGCCUGACCCGGGACUCUAUAACUUUGUAAACCAGGGUGCCCUCACUGUUGAUGGUAUUGAUGAUGUUGAGGAAAUGAAAAUCACAGAUGAGGCCUUUGACAUUCUUGGAUUCACUGCUGAUGAGAAAUUGAGCAUGUACAAAAUUACCUGUGCCAUCAUGCACUUUGGUGAAAUGAAGUUCAAACAGAGGCCAAGAGAGGAGCAGGCUGAAGCUGAUGGUACUGCUGAAGCUGAGAAAUGUGCCUUCCUUCUUGGUGUCAACAGCAAUGACUUGACAAAGGCUCUUCUCCAGCCUAAGAUCAAGGUCGGAACUGAGAUGGUGACCAAGGCCCAAACCAUGGCCCAGGUCUACUAUGCCACAUCUGCUAUGUCCAAAGCUCUCUACGACAGAAUGUUCAACUGGCUUGUGAAGCGUGUCAACAAGACACUUGACACUAAGAACAAGAGACAGUACUUCAUUGGUGUACUGGAUAUUGCUGGAUUCGAGAUCUUUGAGUUCAACAGCUUUGAACAAUUGUGUAUUAACUACACCAAUGAGAGACUUCAGCAGUUCUUCAACCAUCACAUGUUCGUACUGGAACAGGAAGAAUACAAGAGAGAAGGUAUUGACUGGGAGUUCAUUGAUUUCGGUAUGGACUUGCAGGCCUGUAUUGACCUUAUUGAGAAGCCUAUGGGUAUCCUCUCCAUCCUUGAGGAGGAGUGCAUGUUCCCCAAAGCCUCUGAUGACUCCUUCAAGGCCAAAUUGUACGACAACCAUCUUGGCAAGUCCAACAACUUUGGUAAACCCACCAAGCCAAGCAAAGACAAGAAGUUGGAGUCCCACUUUGCUCUGUACCAUUACGCUGGUGUUGUCAACUACAGCAUCAUGGGCUGGCUAGAGAAGAACAAGGAUCCCCUCAAUGAGACUGUUGUAGGACUCCUACAGAAGUCCAAGGAGCACCUUGUGCCACAACUCUUCGCUGAAGCUGAAGAACAAUCUGGUGGCCCCAAGAAGAAGAAGAAGGGUGGUGCUUUCCAAACCAUCUCUGCUACCCACAGGGAAUCCUUGAAGAAACUGAUGUUGAAUCUUUAUAGUACUCAUCCUCACUUUGUACGUUGUAUCAUUCCCAAUGAAGAGAAACAGUCAGGUUUGAUCGACGCCGCUCUCGUACUUCACCAGCUCCAGUGUAAUGGUGUACUUGAGGGUAUCCGUAUCUGUAGGAAGGGAUUCCCCAGCAGAAUGAUCUACUCUGACUUCAAGCAGAGAUACUCCAUCUUGGCUGCCUAUGCUAUCCCCGAUGGAUUCGUUGAUGGUAAAGUCGUCACAGAUAAAAUCUUGACCGCACUUCAGAUGGAAGCCAACGAGUUCCGUCUUGGUAUCACCAAGGUCUUUUUCCGUGCUGGUGUGCUCGGUCAACUUGAGGAUAUGCGUGAUGAACGUCUCGCCAGAAUUGUAUCCAUGUUCCAGGCCUGGAUCCGUGGUUACCUCAUGCGUCGUGAUUACAAAAAACUCCAAGAUCAGCGUGUUGGCCUUAGCGUCAUCCAGAGGAACAUCCGUAAAUGGCUGCUCCUGCGUAACUGGCAAUGGUGGAAGUUGUACACCAAAGUCAAGCCUCUUCUCAAUGUUGCCCGUGCUGAGGAUGAUAUGAAGAAGAAAGAGGAAGAACUCGAGAAGGCCAAGGAAGAGCUGAAGAAACUUGAAGGUUACAAGAAGGAAUUGGAAGAGGCCAAUGUCACCCUUCUCCAGGCCAAGAACGAUCUUUUCCUUCAACUCCAAGCCCAAGAGGACACCCUUGGGGAUGCUGAGGAACGUAUUGCUAAGCUCAUCUCACAGAAGGUUGACUUUGAGGAGCAACUUAAGGCUCUUGAGGACCGUCUCCUUGAUGAAGAAGAUGCCACCGCUGCCCUUGAAGAUAUCAAGAAGAAAAUGGAUGCCGAGACUGAUGAGCUGAAGAAGGACAUUGAAGACUUGGAACUCUCCCUCCAGAAGGCUGAACAAGAAAAGAAGACCAAGGACAACCAGAUCGCCACCCUCCAAGGAGAGAUGGCCGCUCAAGAUGAGCAGAUCGCUAAGCUUGGCAAAGAAAAGAAAUCUCUUGAAGAGAACAAUGCCAAGCUCCUUGAAGACCUCCAGGCUGAAGAAGACAAGGUCAACCACCUUAACAAACUCAAGAAGAAACUUGAGGACACUUGUGAUGAGCUUGAGGACAACCUUGAGCGUGAAAAGAAGGCCAGAAGCGAUGUUGAGAAAGUCAAACGCAAGCUUGAGGGUGACCUUAAGAUGACACAAGAAACAGUUGAUGACCUCGAGAGAGUCAAGCGUGAUCUUGAAGAAGGCAUCAGAAGGAAAGAUAUGGAGAUCAACUCACUCAACAACAAACUUGAAGAUGAACAAUCUCUUGUUGCCCAGCUCCAAAAGAAAAUCAAAGAACUCCAGGCUCGCAUUGAAGAAUUGGAAGAAGAGCUUGAAGCUGAAAGGAGUGCCAGAUCAAAGGUUGAGAAACAGAGGGGAGAGUUGAACCGUGAACUCGAGGAGCUUUCCGAGCGUCUUGAUGAGGCUGGUGGCGCCACCAGUGCCCAGGUUGAGUUGAACAAGAAGCGUGAGAAUGAGAUCCUCAAGUUGCGUCGUGACUUGGAGGAAGCCAACAUCCAACACGAGGCUCAAAUCAGCCAGCUUCGCAAGAAGCAGCAAGAUGUCGCCAACGAACUUUCAGAACAGGUUGACCAAUUACAGAAGGUCAAAUCUAGAGUUGAGAAGGAGAAGAAUGGACUUAAGAGCGAACUUGAUGAGCUCCAGUCUCAAGUUGAACACGUAACCAAGGGCAAGAACUCAGCAGAAAAGCUAAGCAAACAGUUGGAGAGUCAAUUGUCUGAAGUGAAUGCAAAGGCUGAAGACCAUGCCAGAACCAUUGCUGAACUCAACUCUGCAAAGGCCCGUGGAGCCCAGGAAUCCACAGACCUUGGCAGACAGUUGGAAGAGGCUGAGUCCGCCAUUGGACAACUCACCAAACAAAAAGCCAAACUUGCAGCUGAACUUGAGGAAGCCAAGCGUGCCCUUGAAGAUGAGACCAGGGCUCGCCAGAAGCUCAACAAUGAAUGCCGCAACCUCCAAGCUGAUUGCGACCAACUCCGUGAACAACUUGAGGAAGAAGCUGAGGGCAAAUCUGACCUCACCAGACUCCUCCAGAAGGCACAGGCUGAGGCCCAAUCCUGGAAACAGAAAUACGAAACUGGUGGCGGUGCCAGCACAGAAGAACUUGAUGAACUCAAGCGCAAGAUGGGUGCCCGCCUUGCCGAGGCUGAGAGCAACCUUGAGGCAGCCCAGUCCAAGGUGGCUAGCUUAGAAAAGACCAAACACAGACUCUCUGGAGAACUUGAGGACCUUAUGGUUGAUGUUGAGCGUGCCAACGCCAAUGCUAACCAACUUGAGAAGAAACAACGCCAGUUCGACAAGAUCAUUGAGGAAUGGAAAGCCAAGGCCAGAGACUUGGAACAGGAAUUGGAGGUUGCACAGAGAGAGGGCAGAGGAUACUCUGCUGAAGUUUUCAAACUCAAAGCUCAGCUUGAAGAGUCUCACGACACAAUCAACGCUGUGAGGAGAGAAAACAAGAACCUUUCUGAGGAAAUCCAUGAACUGACUGAGCAAUUGAGCGAAGGAGGCCGCAGCGUACAUGAGGUUGAGAAGGCCCGCAAGAGACUCGAGUUGGAAAAGGAAGAGCUCCAGAGUGCCCUAGAGGAGGCUGAAGCUGCCCUGGAAACAGAGGAGGCUAAAGUCAUGCGCUCUCAGCUUGAACUUUCCCAGAUCAGACAAGACAUCGACAGACGUCUUGCUGAGAAAGAUGAGGAGUUUGAGAACACCCGUCGCAACCACCAGCGUGCCAUUGACAGCAUGCAAGCAUCUCUUGAUGCUGAGACCAAGGGCAAGGCUGAUGCCAUCCGUGCCAAGAAGAAGCUUGAGGGAGACAUCAACGAACUUGAGGUCGCUCUAGAUGCUGCCAACCGCAUCAAGGCUGAGGCUGAGAAGAAUGCCAAGAAGUUCCAACAACAACUCGGGGAGAUGCAAUCUGCCAUUGAGGAUGAACAGCGCAAUUAUGCUGAUGCCCGUGAGCAGUUCCAGAUGUCUGAGAGACGCUGCAACAUGCUCUCUGGUGAGGUUGAGGAACUCAGAACUUCCCUUGAGGCUGCCAUGCGCAACCAGAAAUUGGCUGAAGGUGAACUCCACGAGGCCAAUGAUCGCAUCAAUGAACUCACUCAGCAGAACUCUUCCAUUGCCUCCCACAAGAGGAAACUGGAAGCAGAUGUCACUGCUAUGCAGGCUGACCUCGAUGACCAGGCCAAUGAGAUUAAAAAUGCAGAAGAGAAAGCCCGCAAAGCUGCUGCUGAUGCUGCCAGACUCGCUGAAGAACUCAGGACAGAACAGGACCACAGUGCCCAGAUUGAGAAGAUGCGCAAGUCCAUGGAGAACCAAGUCAAGGAACUGCAGAUCCGUGUGGAUGAAGCUGAGGCAUCAGCCCUCAAGGGAGGCAAGAGAGCUCUUGCCAAGCUUGAACAGAGAGUACGUGAAUUGGAAGCUGAAUAUGACGCAGAACAGCGCCGUCACCAGGAGACUUUGAAGAAUGCCCGCAAGGCCGACAGACGUCUCAAGGAGCUUGCCUUCCAGGCUGAUGAGGACCGCAAGAACCACGAACGUCUGCAAGACCUUGUUGACAAACUCCAGAACAAGAUCAAGACAUACAAACGCCAAGUUGAAGAAGCUGAGGAGAUUGCAGCUAUUAACCUCGCCAAAUACCGCAAGGUACAACACGAACUCGAAGAGGCUGAGGAGAGAGCCGACCAAUCAGAACAGGCCCUCGCAAAACUACGUGCUAAGAACAGGAGCUCAGUGUCUGCCAGCCGAACUGGGGAUUCCAGUAGCAUAGUGAGAACCACUGUUGUUAAAUCAUCCAGUUCAUCAAGUUAAAUAUGUCCCUAUGAGCUCUAUAUUUUAUCAUUGGCAACAGCAGUUACAGUAGUUAUGGAUACCACAAAUCUUCAUCAUCUUCAUCAUUACGAGACUACAGCUCAGUUCUGAAUAGAUCUACUUCAUCCGACAUGCUCGACGAUGAAGAAGAAGAGUAGACUCUAGUGACAUCUAUAUAUAGCUUAAGAACAUAUUAUCUAAUUAACAUUAUUUUACUGUUACGUAUGUGUUAUACAUACAAAUAGAGACAGUCAAUCAGCACAUAGAAACCUUACACAAUGAUGUGUUCAUAGCCGCCCAUGGUUAGAAAACCUUAGAGAGACAUGUGUGCUAAUAACAAUGUUUUUAUACGGCAAUAACCUAAUAUAUAUACAUCAGCAUAGUGAGUUUAUCCUCCAUGUUUGUUUUGUAACUGCUGUUACCGUCGAAACUCUUAACAGGGGAUCUGAUGAAAAACUACGGACUUUUAAGCAAGAAAAUGGACGUCGAUUCUACAGCCGAUCAUGUUAUUUAAAAAAUGAACAAAAAAAUGAACGAAUGAAUGUCAGUAUUUUACCUGUGCAACAUAUGUGCGAGGAUUUGAUUUAGACUUUAGUGUAUGUGGAACAUUGUUUGAAUGUUUUCAUUCCUUAAUGACCCGAAGUGGUCUAUUGUAGUGAACCCAAUGCCCAUUCAUAGAAAGGUUGUGGCCUGACGGGUUGUCGUGAUAUUGUGUAGAAACAUCACCUAUUGGACGAUGAUAUUUUCAUCACUGCCAGCUUUAUAAAGCUAAUGUUAUGUUAACAUAUGACUCAAUAAAGUUACUAUUUGCUGUCAAUUUAUAAACCAAAA